CCAAGCCCAGGUCUGGUGUAGCAGGUCCCCGGCCUUGGCUACCUGCCUCACGGAUUUGCUCACACUGAUUUUUUCCCAAACGCUUAGUGGUGUGCUCGGCUUACGAUGGGGACGAUGACCGCAACAUCAGCGACCCUCAACGCAACCCAGGACAUUCCGUUGGAUGAGGAGUCCAUGCUCAACUCGUGGGCGCUGCUGGCCACACCAUGGCCUGUUCUGGUAAUUCUCAGUUCCUACCUGGGGUUUGUGCUGUGGCUUGGCCCCAGUAUCAUGAGACAACGUAAGGCUAUGGACCUUCGUCACCCGAUGAUGGUCUAUAACCUCUACCAGGUCAUCUACAACGGAGCUCUCGUUGGAUGGUUCUUUACGCACAGUACUGCCAUUUCGUAUGUAAUCGAACAUGGAUGUCAUCCGCUGGACCCAAAGUUGAAUCCUUUAAGGACCGAGCUUCAUCUCGCAUCUUGGUGCUACUUGUUCGCUAAGAUCGUUGAUAUGAUUGAUACUGUGUUUAUGAUUCUACGAAAGAAAGACUCGCACGUGACUUUCCUCCAUCUCUAUCAUCACACCAGCAUGGUGGCGUUCUCUUGGCUCAGUGUCAAGUAUAUACAAGCUGAGCAAGGAAUAAUUCUUGGUGUGUUAAACUCAUUCGUCCACGUUGUCAUGUACACUUAUUACUUCCUGGCUGGACUAGGACCUGAAGUUCAGAAGUACUUGUGGUGGAAGAAAUAUAUCACAAAGUUACAGCUGACCCAGUUUGUGUUCGCCAUCAGCUUCAUGGCUUACCUGUUGUACAACCGGUGCACCGUACCUCAGACCCAGUUUGUGUUCGCCAUCAGCUUCAUGGCUUACCUGUUGUACAACCGGUGCACCGUACCUCAGGUCUACAAUGUUAUUUGGGUCGUCAAUGUUGCGGUCAUUAUGGCACUCUUCGUCAACUUUUACAUCCAGACUUACAUCAAGAAACCAGCUCAAAUCAAGAAGACCGAAUAA